UGAGAGUUCGGUAUAUUUAUAAAGAGAUAAAUAUGAUAGUAGAUUGGAUGGCGAUUUUUAUUGCCGAAUAUUCUGAUGUUUGGCUACGAAGGUAGAAUGAGAUUUGCUUAUAGAUUUUAUGAAAUUUUGAUCUAUUAAAUUUCUCUCGCAUUAAAUCAGUGUGAUUGUUCGUUUGUAUCAAAAAUAAAAAGGGAGAGAAGGAGGAGGAGGACGAGAAGAAUGUACCAACCUAUGCCCGUUUGUACGUUAUUGAGUGGAAAAGCAUCGAGUAAGGCUAUCACCCGAAGGGGAUCUCUCCCUCGCUCGUUUCUCCCUUUUAAACCCCUCGCUUGAUGCGCCGAAAAUGCCAAAAAAAAAAAAACUCUUCCAAGCAUCCUCGCCUUGAAACCCCGGUCGGACGAAAGAAUGGCGGACGACCCUCUCUUCCUCCACCUCCACAAGCUCCCGGCGGCGACGUCGGAGGAAACCCUAGCCCGCGUCCUCGAAAUCCUCUGGAAGACCCGAAAGACCGGCCUCGCUCCUCACGAGAAGACCCGCCUUUACUCCCUCCUCAACCUCCCCACGCUCCAAGAGCUCGACCCCGUUUUGGCAUGCCUUCGCUUCAUUAUCAGGAAGUGUGUACAUGAGAAGCUCACAAGUGAAGAUGUCCAAAGUUCAUUUCCUGUUGAUCUAUCUGUUGAACUUCAGAGCACUCUUGUGAAGGUACUUCAGAAAUAUCAGAACCAGUGGAUGGAGGAAGCCUCUAGAGACCAGCCUCUUUGGCAACAGACAAGGGUGUCAUAUCAGGUUAGAGUCAAUAUGCCACCAGCUCUUCCACCUCUCCCGGCUUCGGAACAAUCAUCACUAUGGCCACGGCAAGAUGAUGCAACUAACUAUCCCAACGGCAAUAAUUUCUGUGGUUCUGUUCCAAGCAAAGCUGAUCCAAAUCUGCCACGCAUCCCCCCAAUUCCCCUUCAAUGGGAUAAUGGUUCUUUUGAUAAUCUGGCGAUUCUUCCCCGACUCAAGUCAAUGACAUGGACCAUGGAGAAUCGAAAUUCAACACCUGCAAAUCAGGUGGCUAUCAUUACUUUGAAGCUGCAAGAUUAUACAAAGUCUCCUUCAGGGGAAAUAGGGGUGAAGUUUCAGCUUUCAAAAGACACACUGGAAGCCAUGUUGAGAUCAAUGACCUGCAUCAGUGAGCAGCUCUCAAGCACUGUGGAGCCACCAUCAGAACCAUCAUCAAAGAAGCCGUGGCAGUAAGAGUCGAAUCGAUCACUAUCUUAUUGCACCACUGAGUUUCAAAGCCAGCAACAUCCGAACAGGCAUGCAGACCUUCAUGUUGAUGUCAUGGCACCCUCUCCAACUUCAUUUGCAGACAAUGAACAUUUGUAUGUAUAAAUUGCCACUUCAUGUAUUUUUCGUAUUUGCUUCCUGAAAAUGUGGUAGCAACUACAGUAUGAGAUGAUAGAUGGAUGAGCACUCAUCAUUUUAUAGGGAUGCAGAAACCACUGAUAUCACUGUUAGUGUGUGCGGAAAGAGAGAUGGGAGUGUUAAAUUCAAAUAUUUAUUAGUGGAAUUGAGAUUACCAAAAAUUUGAAAUAGACACAUUGUAAUGAUUGUGAAAAAGAAUAGUAUUCUUUAAUUUCAGCUGCUUUGCAAUUUCUAAGGAGAGAGAGGUACUCCACAUUUUCUCAUACAUGCUGCUGUAAUCUCCAAUCCUGGUGGCAGAUGUGACUAUUUGGCUCGUUACCCUCCACUGCUGGUGGGAUCUUGCCAUCAGAAACAUCAGAGAGACCGUUGCUCGUGUAUUGCCUACAGAUCAGAUUUUGUUAUGAUUUUUGAUGUGCUACCCAUAUUCUGUGUUAAGUGGUACGAUAUGUGAACUUAUGGGUUGCAAAUUAUAGCAGGCAUCCUCAUUAGCUGACACUAUUCUCGAUCAAUUUCAGUAUUUUGCAUACAAAAUUGAGUUUCAGGUAUGCAUAUGUAGCAUGAGAUGAUAGAAGAAAUAAUUUAGUUGACUAGAUGAGAAAAUUACUAUAAAGUUAAGCAGACAGUGAGUAUAAUAUGUCACGUUGGGUGAUCAACAAUGUGCAAAACCGCCAGCUCAUGCUAACCAUCAAAAUAAAUCCACUUGAAUGGAAAACAAAUUACAGUCUUGAAACACAAAUUAUUAGCAUUAAAAGGCCAGCCAGAUGAACGACCCACAAGCAGUGCAUAAUUUUUUUAACAGCGCACCAAGCCUGCAGCUAACAGGUUGAAUUUAGCAUAUCAUAAAUCAUUUAUAUGCAACAACUUGAUACCAAAAAAGACCUGACAAGAUUUCACGAAUAACUUUCAGAAAUAUCAUAUUUCUGAAAUACUGGUGUAAUGAAAAGUGCUAUAGCUUCAAUAAAUAUCUCAGUCACAAUCAAUAUCUCAGUAACAUUACAACAAUCAAGGUUAGCAAACCUACCAUGGGUAAGAUUUCUAACAGCGAUGGCAUCCAUAGAAACCCAAGGCUGCCCAAAGGCAAGUAAAAUACUACAUCCUACAUUGCGAAAUUACAGACACAUCAAGUUGUUAGCAGAUUGGUUUGGAACUUCAGAAUUGCUGAGGUACCGAGAAUGAUACAUGACUUAAAAAGUCAGAUAUCAGAACUGCUAAUACCACAAGCAUUCACCAAUGUUAGAGCGUACAUCUUAACCUGGCUCGUCUCACCAAU